AUGAAGAGAGUAUUCUUGGCUAUUUUCUUUAUCGGGCUGGCCCUGUGUGAAACAUUUGAUGUGGCAGGGGAUGAUAAGUUUGUUCUGGGUCUGAGGCUCGCAGAGGGCAGGAAAACCCGUUUGGAAAUGUCACUUUCUGGCGUAGGGAAUGGGCCAACCACUUUGCAGCUUAAGGACCCUUCUAAUAAAGUCAUAAGAACAUUUAAAGAUGAGACAAAUAUGACAAUUUCUUUCAUGCCAAAGGAAGCAGGCGACUACAACCUAACCCUAAGCAACCCUUCAAAGAAGAAGAUUAUCUUUACAGUUAUACUCCCAGAGGCAGAUGAAGGCCCAUUUGCAUCGCAGGUAGAAGCAAAUCUUGGAAAGGAUCUGGAAGACUUCCUCCGAAGAAUAAUUGAUGCACACAAAUCACUGCUCUCUAGACAGACCGAGCACUUAGAGAAAGCAAAAGGCACUAAGAGCUGGAUAAAGAAGCUUACGCUUCUUGAGGUGUGUCUGUGCCUGCUUGCCUUGUACUACGUGCAGAGCGAGGCUGUUAAGACCUUCUACAGCACCAGAAAGGUAUAA